AUGCCUCCGGGUGAUGUUGUCUUAGCGCCUGAACAUGAAAUAAAGAAGGUUCCUCAGACCACUUCUAUUAACGAAGUACUUACCGCUGACGUUGUUCAGGACAUGCCUCCGGGUGAUGUUGUCUUAGCGCCUGAACAUGAAAUAAAGAAGGUUCCUCAGACCACUUUUAUUAACGAGAUACUUACCGCUGACGUUAUCCAGGACAUGCCUCCCUGUGAUGUUGUCUUAGCGCCUGAACAUGAAAUAAAGAAGGUUCCUCAGACCACUUCUAUUAACGAAGUACUUACCGCUGACGUUGUUCAGGACAUGCCUCCGGGUGAUGUUGUCUUUGCGCCUGAACAUGAAAUAAAGAAGGUUCCUCAGACCACUUCUAUUAACGAGGUACUUACCACUGACGUUAUCCAGGACAUGCCUCCGGGUGAUGUUGUCUUAGCGCCUGAACAUGAAAUAAAGAAGGUUCCUCAGACCACUUCUAUUAACGAGGUACUUACCGCUGACGUUGUUCAGGACAUGCCUCCGGGUGAUGUUGUCUUAGCGCCUGAACAUGAAAUAAAGAAGGUUCCUCAGACCACUUCUAUUAACGAGGUACUUACCGCUAACGUUGUUCAGGACAUGCCUCCGGGUGAUGUUGUCUUAGCGCUUGAACAUGAAAUAAAGAAGGUUCCUCAGACCACUUCUAUUAACGAGGUACUUACCACUGACGUUAUCCAGGACAUGCCUCCGGGUUAUGUUGUCUUAGCGCCUGAACAUGAAAUAAAGAAGGUUCCUCAGACCACUUCUAUUAACGAGGUACUUACCGCUGACAUUAUCCAGGACAUGCCUCCGGGUGAUGUUGUCUUAGCGCCUGAACAUCGUAUCGAUAUUGUUGCGCGGCUAAGUUGA